ACGCUAAAUCUAGUGAGGUCCUUCCGUCCCAUGUUCCGUGAACGCCGUACGAACAACAAAUACCGUUUACUUCCCGGUGGAGAACAACAAGUCAUCCGUGGAUUUCAGCUCGGUUAGUGCAGCUAACAUGGAUUUAAAGCUGUGGUCCUGUGAAGGGAACAUGUGGCUGUAGUUUGAGCGUUUCCUGGCUGUUUGGGCUGCUCGCUCUGAGACACAGUCACGAUGUUUUCCUCCAACAUGGAGACAAAAAGAGUGGAGAUCCCCUCCGGAGUGCUGGACGACCUCUGCAGUCGGUUCAUCCUGCACAUCCCCAGUGAGGAGAGAGAUAACGCCAUCAGAGUGUGUUUUCAGAUCGAGCUGGCUCACUGGUUCUACCUGGACUUCUGCAUGCAGAACACUCCGGGAGCUCCGCACUGCGGCAUCCGAGACUUCGCCAAGGCUGUCUUCCAUCACUGUCCGUUCCUGCUGCCUCACGGCGAGGAUGUGCAGAAAGUUCUGGAGCAGUGGAAGGAGUAUAAGAUGGGAGUGCCAACAUACGGAGCCAUAAUCCUGGACGAAACUCUGGAGAAUGCUCUGCUGGUCCAGGGUUACCUGGCGAAGUCAGGAUGGGGUUUUCCAAAGGGGAAGGUGAACGAGGACGAGGCUCCUCAUGACUGUGCAGUGAGAGAGGUGAUGGAGGAGACGGGCUUCGACAUCAAGAACCGGAUCAGUAAAGACGUUUACAUCGAGCAGAAGAUCACAGACCAGGUGGUCCGGCUCUACAUCAUCCCCGGAGUCUCCAGAGAGACCAAGUUCAACCCCAAAACCAGGAAGGAGAUCCGGAACAUCGAGUGGUUCCCCAUUGAGAAGCUGCCGUGUCACAGGAACGACAUGACUCCAAAGUCCAAACUGGGUCUGGCUCCUAACAGGUUCUUCAUGGCCAUCCCGUUCAUCAGACCGCUCAGAGAGUGGAUCAGCAGGCUGAAAGGAGAGUCGACGGACAGCGACGAGGACUUCACGAACACCAGCACUCCCAACAAACCCUCAGAGAGGUCAAAGUCCCGUCGUGUCACAGGAAGUGAUGCGUUUCCUGUGGAUGGAUGGAUGAAGCACAAGCAGCAGAAAGCUGUGGGUCUGCUGAGCCAGUACGAGCACAACCAGAAUCAGAAUGUGAAAGGGAACGGGAGGAGGAGUCAGGACUCUCCAUCUGUGAAGAGAGGAGUGAGUGAUAACGGAGCAAGCAGCCCGCAGGUCAAACACAUCUUACAGAAAGACGAUAAGAGACUUCAGCCCAGACGACUGCAGGACAGUUUUGACGGAGGAUGUUCUUCUGUCUGCAGACUCGUCUCCCUGCAGCUCGGGCACUCAGCAGCUUCUGUCCUCAAAGACUUUCCUGAACUUCAAGUUCGACAGAGACGCCAUCAUGAAGUGUUUCGACUACUGACUCAGCGGCUGUCCGAGCGUCUGCUGAGACAGACUGCAGCUCAGAGACGCUGUACGUGACAGAGAGGACGUUACUGAGCACGCUCUGCUCCUCGUGCACACUUUUACAUUCAGGACUCUGUUUUUAAAGAACACACACACACACACAGCUUCUCUGCUGUGUGUGUGUGUGCAGACCUCAGAGUCUGCAGUCUGAGCAGAAUCUGACUUUAAUACUUUAUAUUUGUGUUAAACUGGUGAUUUGUUCUGCAGGAGAGACAGGACAGUUUAAGCUCCAGUCUUUUAAACAUUAUGGAUUUUAAACACGUGAGGUGAGAGGAUCAAUGCAGCUGUGGUGUCAGACUCGGCCAGUAGAUCAGAGUUAGAUUUUAAAAUGUUUCAGGUCUUAUUAAUCAUCUCUGAUCAAACAUAGAGUCCAACCUGAAGCUUUCUGAUGUCUUCACUCAGACUUCACGUUUAUUGUCAGACUGUGGGAACCCAGAGACCCGGCUGUUUGAGUCAGGGUGUCAGCUGACUCAGUGAGACGCACCGUCAGCUUUCAGAUGAAGGACAGAACUUCAAACCACGAUAUGGACUCACAGCGAGUUAAUUACUGCACCAUGGAGAUCUGUUUUAAUUAUAAUGUUGCUUUGUUCAUUCGUCUCCAAUGAUGGCGAUCACUUCUUUAAAGCUCCUGGGAGGAGGAUCAUGAAACAGUGAGGCCUCUGUCUGACCUACAAAAUAAAAGCAGGCCAUCAGCGUAAACAUUCAUGUCUCUGUAGAGUCGUUCUGACGCCUGUAACGCUGCUAGGGGUUGCUGUCAGAGGUGAGCUGCAGAAUAAGACACAGCAAAGCUUCAUCGUCAGCUUUGACCCUGAAAGACAGCAGGACAUCUUUAAUCAGGAAACAGAGGUAUCACUUUGUCCACAGGGGGCGCCCACAUCGGCACCAACAUGAAGUCCAUCACAGGAGCUUCAACAGUAGAUUUUCUACAUGUUAAUAAGAGUCUGCUAGUUUCUUCACACAAAGAAUCAUUGGAUUUUUAGGUUUUAGUGUUCAUGGUGCAGACAGACAAGGAGGACUCUUCAGGUUUAUAUUUAAAUUCAGUAUUUUCACACCCACACAUGUCCAUGUAGUCCUAUUGGGACCUCUGUCAUGUGUUUGGAUCUCAUGGUUCAGGUUGCUUCAGUCCUUCAGAGGGUCUCAGAUCAGAAGAUGAAUCACUGUGAAUGUUCUCAGACUUGUCUCUGAGAGACACGCAGAGGAUAUAACUCUUUAACUCAGAUUAUAUAUCUCCUGAUCACUGUGGAGCGUCCUGAAGAUGGAGGUCAAGGGUUGGUGGUGUUUGAUUGUACAGAUGGUUCAGUGUUGGAUUAUUGUUGUUUGACUUUAAAUGUGAACAUGAAUAAAGUUUUUUCACUUUAA